UGACUUUGAUUUCUGUGUGUAGAUGUGCGUGUUUGCUUUUUACUGCCCAUUGGCUGCAAAAAUUAAAUAUUAUUUUGUUGAUUAAAUAAAUUUUACAAAACGGCUUCACUACUGAGAACAGUUUUACUUCAAAAUAGACAACUAUUGCCCAGAAUAAAACCGAAGAGAUAUUUAAUCAGUGGAUUAUCAAUCGAAAUGAGCGACGAAACUCCGACAUCUUCACAAAAUAAAAACAAACCUAAAGAUGAUAAUGAAACUUCAUCAGCAACAGAAACAGAAGAGGACACCACUAUGGAAGCCAUUAGGAAAUUCUUUGCUCAGAAGUUGAAUUUGGUUACCGCUUUGGAUGAAGAUGAUGGUGGCAAUAAGAAGAUCAUUGAAAAUCUAACAUUCGAAGGCUUAUGUGAUCAUUGGAAAUCAAAGGGAUUUAAGAAUAUCAUCACUAUGGUGGGAGCUGGUAUUUCCACAUCGGCUGGCAUUCCUGAUUUUCGUUCUCCUGGCUCAGGUUUAUAUGAUAAUUUACAGAAAUAUAAUUUGCCACACCCCUCAGCUAUAUUUGAAAUGGACUACUUUGAGAGCAAUCCACAACCAUUCUUUGCUUUGGCCAAAGAACUUUAUCCUGGAUCGUUUAAUCCCACCCCUUCACAUUAUUUUGUAAGGCUUCUUCAUGACAAGGGUUUACUUCUAAGGCACUAUACCCAAAAUAUUGAUACUCUGGAGAGAAUAGCCGGUAUACCGGCAGACAAACUGGUGGAAGCCCAUGGUACCUUUUUUACCAAUCACUGUUUGGGUUGCCGCAAACUCUACUCUAUGGAAUGGAUGAAAGAGCAAAUAUUUUCGGACAGUGUACCUUCAUGUGAGGAUUGUAAUUCGGUAGUUAAACCCGAUAUUGUUUUCUUUGGUGAAAACUUGCCGGAGACAUUUUACUCACUUCCUGCCAGAGAUUUUAACAAAUGUGAUUUGCUGAUUAUUAUGGGUACUUCGUUGGAGGUGCAACCAUUCGCUUCGCUCAUCGACCGAGCUGGUCCAAAAUGUGUACGCUUGUUGAUCAAUCGCACCAAAGUGGGCAAUGAUUUUGGUGGCAUUGGCUCAUGGUUUAUGUUGGGUCCUGGCCUAAUGUUUGACAAUCCCAAAAAUACUCGCGAUAUUGCCUACAUAGGCGACUGUGAUGAUGGCUGUUUGGCAUUGGCCGAAGCCUUGGGCUGGAAGGAUGAUUUAGCAGAGUUAAUUAAAUCCGAACAUGAACGUUUGGAUAAGGAAAAUGCCAAAACGCGAGAUGAGAGAAAGAAGCAGGCAACAAAUAAAGAAUCAGACGAUGAGUCCUCAACUAAAGAAAAGGAUAAAGCGUAGAUUAUUGAUCGGUGCAAUUUCUCUUUAAUAACAAUUAAGUAAAUCCCCUACCUACCUAACUACCAACCUUAUUUUUCAUAGCUAAAAAUUUGACUACAAAGUAAUCGAUAAACUUACAUAGAUAAUAUUGUAAAAAUAUUUAAUAAUUUAUAGAUAUUAUUUCUUUGUGUAGACCGCAUUGUACACGGACGUAUGUGUAUGAACUAUUAAAAAAAAACAUGAAAAUAAAAUAUGUAUUAUUCAAUAAUAA